CCGGGGCUGCUGCUCCCCCAGGACGGGCUGCCAAUGACCUGCCAGGUGGUAGUGCUGUAUUUUGCGAGAAGUGCUGAUUUAGCAGGAGUCCGCACUGAGACCAUUUCCGUGCCUCAGCAGAUAACGUCGCUGCAGCUGUGGGAUGAAAUUGUGAAGAGACAUUCAAGCCUGGUUGCCCUACGGGAUCAAGUGGUCUUGGCCGUCCGCCAGGAAUACGUGCUCCUCGGGGAUCAGCUGCUGGACCUACGCACGGGUGACGAAGUUGCCAUUAUCCCACCCAUCAGUGGCGGUUAAUGCUGAGAAGACUUUUUCAGAUACCAUGAAUGGAACUGGAGAUGAACCCAAGGACUUCAUUAAAUUGAGUGAAGACAAGCUCUCUGCUGACGAAGUAUCAGCCCUGGUGGUUUCUCCCUGCUGUGGGGCUG